AUAAUGUUCCUGGUAUAAAUUACACCUUCAACCUUCACCACCACCACCACACCACAUCUCACCCAAUUCGCCCCUCCCUCCACGCCUCGAUCUCCCCCAUCUCCCUUCUUUACUGCAGGCACGAUGGGUAUUCUCGAGGCUAUCAGAACGCCCCUUAUGGAGCUGGCGGCGCAGCGCGGGCUCGCGGUCCUGCUCGGCGCUGGCGCAGCCGCGUUCGUGGUCCUGGCCGUCGUGCUGAACGUGCUGAACCAGCUGCUGUUCCGCAACCCGAAUGAGCCGCCCGUGGUCUUUCACUGGUUUCCCGUUAUUGGGAGUACGAUUACGUAUGGGAUGGAUCCGUAUGGGUUUUUCAAUAAGUGCAGGGCGAAGUAUGGUGAUAUCUUCACGUUCAUCUUGCUGGGGAAGAAGACGACGGUUUAUCUGGGUCGCCAGGGGAAUGAUUUUAUUCUCAAUGGGAAGCUGAAGGAUGUCAAUGCGGAGGAGAUCUAUACGGUGUUGACGACACCGGUCUUUGGCUCUGAUGUCGUGUACGAUUGUCCAAAUGCGAAGUUGAUGGAGCAGAAGAAGUUUAUGAAGGUCGGCCUGACCACCGACGCCUUCCGCUCCUAUGUCCCGAUCAUCCAGCAAGAAGUUGAGAACUUCAUCAAGCGCUCCUCGGACUUCAAGGGUCAGAAGGGAACUGUCAACAUACCGAACAGUAUGGCCGAGAUCACCAUCUAUACCGCCUCGCAUGCUCUCCAAGGCAAGGAGGUCCGUGAUAAAUUCGACUCCUCCUUCGCAGACCUCUAUCACGAUCUCGAUAUGGGAUUCAGCCCAAUCAACUUCAUGCUUCACUGGGCCCCUCUCCCCCACAAUCGCGCACGCGACCACGCCCAACGAACCCUUGCAAAGACCUACAUGGAGAUUAUCCAAACGCGACGUGCUGGGAAGGAGAAGAGGGGGAUGGAUAUUAUGUGGCAAUUGAUGGAUUCGAAAUACAAGGAUGGCACGCCUGUCCCUGACAAAGAAAUUGCGCACAUGAUGAUCGCACUCCUCAUGGCAGGUCAGCACUCUUCGUCCUCCACCAGCUCCUGGAUCAUGCUCCGUCUCGCUGCCCGACCAGAUAUCAUGGAGGAGCUCUACCAAGAACAGAUCCGAGUCCUCGGCCCCGACCUCCGCCCUCUCACGUACGAAGACCUGUCCAAACUCACCAUGCACCAGAAUGUCCUCAAGGAAGUCCUCCGCCUGCACACCCCCAUCCACUCCAUCAUGCGCGCGGUUAAAUCACCCAUGCCCGUCACUGGCACCAAGUAUGUCGUUCCCACCUCGCACGUUCUCCUUGCCUCACCGGGGUGUACGUCCCGCGACGAGGAAUUCUUCCCCAACGCGGAACUCUGGGACCCGCACCGCUGGGACGCGGGAUCUGGGGGUGUGGUUGGCGCCGAUGUCGAAGAGGAGAAGGAGGACUACGGGUACGGACUGAUCUCCAAGGGCGCAUCCUCACCCUACCUUCCGUUCGGCGCGGGUCGCCACCGCUGCAUCGGCGAGCAAUUCGCGACAGUGCAGCUGGUGACUAUCACCGCGACCAUGGUCCGCGAGUUCAAGUUCCGCACUGUGGACGGGAGCAAGAACGUGCCUGCUACGGAUUACUCGAGUCUCUUCAGCCGGCCGCUCGCGCCGGCGGUGAUUGCGUGGGAGCGGAGAGAGCGGGCUUAGGUAGUAGGGGUUGGAUACGGAAAAUGUUGCAUGGCUGGCUGCGUCGAUGAGGAUCAUGAAAACGGCUUCUUCUUGCUUGUCCUAGGUACUAAUAGAGCUCCUUUUAAUAUGGAUUUUUCUUACGAGGGGGGGCGAGAUGUGAUGUGGUGUUGUAUGUGUAGGUCAGCAAGUAUAUAUACAUAACAGCAAGGUCUAUGCAAUAUAUAUUGGCAAAUACAAAAGGGGGAUAUAUGAAAACAUAUCUGCCGAUAAUAAGAAAAAGAAAAGAGAAGCAGAAU